AUACAUCUCUGUUUCAACACAAAACAAAUUAACAUAGCUUUCAGAAAACAGAAUAUUGAACACGUCACUUUAUCAGAUAAAUAACGGUAAUGGAUUUUAGAUUGAUGGGUUUGGAUGAUCCAGUGCUGCAUGCUCUGCACCAAUUUAUGGACCUUUCAGACGACAAUUCUUCAGACAAGACAUCGCACAAUGCUCCUACAAGAUCCUAUGUGAGAGACGCGAAGGCGAUGGCUGCAACCCCGGCGGACGUAAAGGAAUUUCCAAAUUCAUACGUGUUUGUGAUCGAUAUGCCAGCGUUGAAAUCUGGUGACAUAAAGGUUCAGGUUGAAGAUGAUAACGUGCUUGUGAUAAGUGGUGAGAGGAAGAGGGGAGAAGAGAAAGAAGGUGCAAAGUAUUUGAGAAUGGAGCGAAGGGUUGGGAAAUUUAUGCGAAAGUUUGUUCUUCCUGAGAAUGCUAAUACCGAUGCUGUUUCUGCUGUAUGUCAAGACGGGGUUCUUAGUGUUACAGUUGAGAAAUUGCCUCCUCCUCAACCUAAGAAACCUAAGACGAUUGAGGUUAAGGUUUCCUGAAAUUGAAACCUUGUUUUGAAUUAUCAUGAUUUUGGGAUAGAGGAGUAAAAUGUUAUUCUUUAACGUUGUUAUUUUUUAUGUCUUGUUUUGGUGGUCAUUGUUGUAGUGAUCUGUUUUGAUAUGUAAUGCAAUGAAAUGCAGUUGUUCUGUUUUUGUGGUUGUGACUCAUUCUAUAAUAGCUAUGCCUAUGACUUCUUUGGCGUUGUAAUAAAAGAU